UUAAUUCCAAAACGUAAUCUACUUUCUGGAUAACCCUCGUAAAAACAUAACAAGUCAAACCAUUUAAAUCACAAGAAAUAAAACUAGCCGUACUAAAUAAAAUGGAAUAUAACUCAAGAAUGUUACAAUCAAUAUAAAACUAAUUGAAAGUUUAGCAUAUGGUCAGUGAAGACUCCUCGAAUGCGUUAUAUGGGUCUGCACUAUAUGGGUUUCAAACUGCAUUAUAUGAAAGUAAGGAAGGGAACAAUGGUGAAAAAAUACACGCCGAAGAAGUUGCUGAGCCGACGCCUGCCAGUUAAGCAGACUUUGGAAUGAAUAAGUGGGGAAGGAGUGAGAGGGAAAAUCUCCGGCUGGGGAGAACUCUCUGUUUGUCUCAAAGAGUUCCCCAUCUGUGAAAAGAUUUCUGUGGGACCCUUGGCGCGCCAGCUGCAAGGGAAUGGGGAGGGGGGCGGCCUUCACGCAUCACACAUCUCCACUCUUCUGUGACUUUCCCAUUUAGCCAGGACAGUCGCAGGACAGCUCCAGCGGAGGCCGUUGGGAACGCGGAACAGGCCCAACGCUGCGAGCCGCGUUCACGGGGAGAUGUUCAGAAGUGACAGCUUGGCAGGGCGAGAGGACCUCGGCCUCCUACCAAACGGGAGCGGGUUGCAAGGCUGGCUCGAGACUUGGCUGGCUACCUGGUGUCUGUCCAGGCCCUUUGGGGGAUGAUGGUUUCCAUAAGCAGAGCAGAGGAAUCAAAUAGGGAAACGGAAACAGGAGUGCACAACGCCUUUCUUACAACAGUCUGAAUUACUGUGUAGUCGAAGGCUUUCAUGGGCAGAAUCACUGGGUUGCUGUGACUUUUCCAGACUAUAUGGCCAUGUUCCAGAAGCAUUCUCUCCUGAUGUUUUGCCCACAUAUAUGGCAGGCAUCCUCAGAGGUUGUGAGAUCUGUUGGAAACUAAGCAAGUGGGGUUUAUAUAUACCGUGUAUACUCGAGUAUAAGCCAACCCUAAUAUAAGCCGAGGCACAUAAUUUUACCACAAAAAAACUGGGGAAACUUACUGACUUGAGUAUAAGCCGAGGGUGGAAAAUGCAGCAGCUACGGGUCCAUUUCAAAAUAAAAAUAGAUCCCAAUAAAAUCCCUGCAAUAUCUGCAAGCCCCAUGUUCAUAUAUACAGUAGAGUCUCAUUUAUCCAAGCUAAACAGGCCGGCAGAAGCUUGGAUAAGCGAAUAUCUUGGAUAAUAAGGAGGGAUUAAGGAAAAGCCUAUUAAACAUCAAAUUAGCUUAUGAUUUUACAAAUUAAGCACCAAAAUAUCACGUUAUACAACAAAUUUGACAGAAAAAGUAGUUCAAUAUGCAGCAAUGUUAUGUUGUAAUUACUGUAUUUAUGAAUUUAGUGCCAAAAUAUCACGAUAUAUUGAAAACAUUGACUACAAAAAUGGCUUGGAUAAUCCAGAAGCUUGGAUAAGUGAGACUCUACUGUAUCUAUCUAGACAUCUCUCUAUAUAUAGAUAAUUAUAUCUGUAUAUGAUUUGCAAAGACUUGCAAACAUGUGAGGUGAAAAUUCAUAUAUAAAAUAAUGUGUACACAUAGAUACAGAUAUAUAGGUACAUGGGAAUAUCUAGCUAUCUAUAUGUAUAUAGGAUUUGCAAAGACUUGCAAACAUAUGAGGGGGAAAUUCAUUUAUAAAAUUAAUGUAGAUAGAUACAAAUAUAAAGGUACAUAGGGAUUGCAAAGGCUUGCAGGGGGAAAUGCCUAUAUAUCUGUAGCAGAGAUUAAGAAAUAUUUCAGGGGAAAAUGCUUUUAUAAGAUUAAUGAAUAUAUAUAUAUUCUUCUUCCUGACUUGCAAGGGCUUCUUUCCCUUUUCAAAACAUUCCCUUGGUUAAGAGCGAGGGAGGCUUUGGAAAACAAAACACUGAUAAGGGAGGGUAAGAUGAGAGAUAAAUCGAUCAUAUAUUGCAAGCAGCGGCCUCCAGACUCCACUGCCGGCUUGACCUUGACCCGAUUAUAAGCUGUGGGAGGCUUUUUCAGCUCAUAAAAAGGGCAGAAAAACUCGGCUUAUCUUCGAGUAUAUACGGUAUCUGUGGAAUGAUGUCCAGGGUGGGAGAAAGAACUCUUGUCUGUUUGAGGCAAGUGUGAAUGUUGCCACUGGCCAACUUGAUUAGCAUUGCAGUUUUAAAACCUGGCUGCUUCCUGCUGGGGAAUCCUUUGUUAGCUGGCAACAUUCACACUUGCCUCAAACAGAUAUUUCCCCUGACGUUAAGUCUAGUCGUGUCCGACUCUAGGUGUUGGUGCUCAUCUCCAUUUUUAGCCGAAGAGCUGGCGUUGUUCGUAGACACCUUCCAGGUCAUGACUGCAUGGAGCGCCGUUACCUUCCUGCUGGAGCGGUACCUAUUGAUCUAAUCACAUUUGAACUGCUAGGUUGGCAGGAGCUGGGGCUAACAGUGGGAGCUCACCCCAUUUGCCGGAUUCAAACCACUGCAUGUACAGCACCUCAGCGGUUUAACCUGCUGUGCCGCUGAGGCUCCUCUAAUUAAAUGAAAAGAUGAAGCAAAUAAAUGACAAGGGACAGAAUAAAGAAAGCUGUAUGAGAAUUCCUCACUUUCCCGAUGCCAGGCCUCUCUUAUUGAAACCAAACAUCAGUAGCGGUGACAACUCCACUCAAUUGCUGCCUGCUGCAGCUGCACCAGCCUGCGGAGAAACAUUGGAUCCACUUUGGCUAUGACACUCAAUUUUACUGUAAAACACAUUCACGUUGACACAGCAUCCGUUUUCGGAGGCGCUGCAUGCAUACAAGCACUCUCCCUCCCCUUUUACAGAUGAAUCGCCUGCCUCUUCCUUCUCUUCUCCUCUUGAAUAUUACAUCGCAAGAGGGUUUGCUUCCUGGAAAUGCUUCUGGCCAUGGCUUGGUUUCUUGCAAUCCACAGCAGAGCUGCAAUAUCAAACCCUCUCCUCUUGCAGCGAGGCCUUUGGAUUGCACCAUUUGGCUCGUUGGAAUAGGAUUUCCAUCCCCCUGGUUGCUUCUUUUUAUAUUCUGGGAGUUGGACAGAUUUUCUUUUUGCCACCGCCGUGAAAUAAAUAACAGCAAUAGUUUGAAGGCACAAACUCUGAGCCGCAGAGCUCUUUUAUGGUGCAAUGGUUACUGCAUGUAUUGUUGGCACUCAAACUGUUGCACUCUAGCACUGAAACAUCUUUUCACCAUACCAGAGCCCUGUAAUUCUAUCUAAAAAUGUUUAUUAAAGAAAGCAGAGAAAAAGAGGAAAGGUCCAAAAGGAUCAGUGGAAUAAAAGGUAAAGGUUUCCCCUGACGUUAAGUCCAGUCAUGUCUGACUCUGGGGUUUGGUGCUCAUCUCCAUUUCUAAACAUAUGUUUUAUGUUUUAUAUUUUAUACUGUAUUUAAUUGGUUGUAAUACAUUUUUAUAUGUUGUUGUUUUUAAUGUUGUGUCGGCAUCGAAUUGUUGCCAAUUGUACGCCGCCCUGAGUCCCUUCGGGUGAGAAGGGCGGGAUAGAAAUAUUGGAAAUAAAUAAUAAAUAAGCCCAAGAGCCGACGUUGUCCGUAGACACCUCCAAGGUCAUGUGGCCACUGGCAUGACUGCAUGGAGCGCCGUUACUUUCCCGCCAGAGCGGUACCUAUUGAUCUACUCACAUUGGCAUGUUUUCGAACUGCUAGGUUGGCAGGAGCUGGAGCUAACAGCGGCCGCUCACGCCACUCCCAGGGUUUGAACCUGGAACCUUUCAGUCUGCAAGUUCAGCAGCUCAGCGCUUUAACACACUUCGCCACCGGGGCUCCUGAUCAGUAGAAUAUAAAGUACAUAAUUACUUUAUAUUCUACAUAUUAUAUUACAUAAUUAUUGUAAUCCAAAAAUGCUAAAGUACAUGAAGUCAAGACAACCAAAAUCCACAGUAGUUCUACAUACAUAAAUCCAUAAACAUGAAAACAGGAACUUUUCCAAGGCAAACCCUUUCAGGCAACAAAAGCAUGAACCAGAACAGGAAACUUGAGAACACUUGAAUCAAAGACUUGAGAGCAGAGAAAGGAGAGCCAUCCCUUAUGGCAACGUUGCCUCCAUUGAGAGGCCUGAAGCCCACACUACUGAAUUUAAGCCCAUCCAGGUGCCCAUGAAAUCAUGCCGGAGACACCUGGCCUUCCAGGUCUUGUCUCAGAUUCUCUGAGAAUAUCUCCUUUGUUUAUUUUUCACUCCUUUUGUUCUCAGGCCUAAUUUAGUUUCCCGAGAAAACUCCCCAUCGGCCCAAAGUCUUCUUAGGUAAAGGUAAAGGUUUUCCCAUAACGUUGUCUAGUUGUGUCCAACUCCAUUUCUAAGCUGAAGAGCCGGCGUUGUUUGUAGACACCUCCAAGAUCAUGUGGCCACUGGCAUGACUUCAUGGAGCUCUGUUACCUUAGUUUACCUUAGUGUUGCCAUAUGUCUGAAAUGACUUGGAGACAUCCACCUGCAGCAACGAUGACAACAAAUUUCUUCGCUGGGGAAUUAUAGUUCUUGUUGUCUUCUUUCCCUCUCCUUGCACUUUGUUUCCUCUUUGUACCAAUCCGGUUCAUGUAUUGUAUUAACAGCCUGGUGACUUUUACGACCGCGCUUGUCCUUCGGAUGGGUUGCCCCGUCUUUAUCCUUCUCGGCAACGUGGUGUCUCCGCAGUGUUUAGGGAGAAGAGCGCAAGUUUCCCCCUUUAGCGUUAUUUAUUUAUUAAUAAAAAAGACGGAAUGCCUUGGGGGAAACAAAAGACCUUAAUGGAUGCCGCUUGGUCUCCUUGACGACGGUCCCCAAAGAAUUACAUUAGGGGCGGCGGGAGAAGUUUUUGAAAAAAUAAGUAAUGGAAUUCCGUCUCUGUGAUGCUUUUAGUAGUCAUUUCGGCCAUGGUGCAGCGAGGUCAUAAGCUGAGCUCGGUGAAGGGAGCCAGGACAUGAAAUGAUGCUGAGAGAACGUCUGGGAGAUGAGAGGUCUCAGCAUCCGAGGCGCUCAAGAGGAAGACCCUCCGGACCCCCAACUAAUGCGGUUGGACAAUAUGCUUCUCGCGGAAGGGGUUUCAGGUCCCGAGAAAGGCGGUGGAUCGGCGGCGGCAGCGGCGGCAGCAGCAGCAUCCGGCGGAAGUUCAGAUAACUCCAUCGAACACUCAGAUUACAGGGCAAAGUUGACCCAGAUUCGGCAGAUCUAUCAUACGGAGCUGGAGAAAUACGAACAGGCCUGCAAUGAAUUCACCACGCACGUGAUGAACCUUCUCAGAGAGCAAAGUCGGACACGGCCCAUUUCUCCAAAGGAGAUCGAGAGGAUGGUGGGCAUCAUCCAUCGGAAAUUCAGCUCCAUCCAGAUGCAGCUCAAACAAAGCACUUGCGAAGCCGUCAUGAUCUUGAGAUCGAGGUUCCUCGACGCCAGACGGAAAAGGCGCAACUUCAGCAAACAAGCCACAGAAAUCUUGAACGAAUAUUUUUACUCUCACCUCAGCAAUCCUUACCCUAGUGAAGAAGCCAAAGAAGAGCUGGCAAAGAAAUGCAGCAUCACAGUAUCACAGGUAUCUAACUGGUUUGGCAACAAGAGAAUCAGGUACAAGAAGAACAUAGGGAAAUUUCAGGAAGAAGCCAACCUCUACGCAGCAAAGACAGCGGUGACGGCCGCCCAUGCCGUAGCAGCAGCUGUCCAAAACAACCAGACAAACUCUCCAACCACGCCAAACUCUGGUUCUUCGGGUUCUUUUAACCUCCCUAAUUCUGGGGACAUGUUCAUGAACAUGCAGAGUCUGAAUGGGGAUUCUUACCAGGGGGCCCAAGUCGGAGCCAAUGUGCAAUCACAGGUGGAUACCCUGCGUCAUGUUAUCAAUCAGACGGGAGGUUACAGUGAUGGCUUGGGAGGAAAUUCGCUGUACAGUCCACAUAAUUUAAAUGCAAAUGGAGGCUGGCAAGAUGCGACCACUCCAUCUUCUGUGACCUCUCCAACAGAAGGCCCGGGAAGCGUGCAUUCAGACACCUCUAACUAACCUCCUCCUGACACUUUUUUUUUCUCAUUCUCCUGAAGCUGGGAGGCCUUUGUCUCGUGGGUUCAGAAUCCCCAAAAGGAAAACAACGAAACCAUGAAAUAAAAUAAUGGAUUUUCUCUUCUUUUCUUUGGAUAGCCUACCAUGGAUGGCUUUACUGUAAACCUUGUUGUACCAGAGAACUCGAUAACUCUGUUGCGUGUGUGUGUUCUUUUUUUAUAUAUAUGUAUAUUAUUUUCAUUUGUAUAUCUCCUUAAAUAUCACAAAGAGGCGCACACUCACACACAACGUUAAAGAAAAAUCAAACAACCAAGCACUUUAUCCAGCUCGGCCACAACUUAGCAUUGUUUGUAGCCCCAUAAGUAUUUGAUGAAGAAUAAUUUAUUUUCAGCGGGCUUCGGAAGGAGGACCGACAUGCCUUUGACUUCAUGGCAGGGUCCUCCUACCCAACUGAACUUCCGUUGCAAUUUGGAUUUCAGAAACUGAUCCGUUUUUUAAUUUUUCACAUCUCAGCCAGAGUGGUAGACCCUUUUGUUCCAUUUCUUCUCAUUCUUCCAAGCUUCUGUGAUUCAUUAUUUGUUGGGAUCCACUCUGUUAUCAAAGCCACUUAGACCUAGGGUCCUCCAGUUUUUGGACUUCAGCUCUCAGUAGCCUUGACCAACCAUCAAUGAUAUUGGCCAAGGCUACUGAGAGCUGAGGUCUAAAACUAUCCAGAGGUCUAAAGCCCGGAAUCUGUCAAUUUAGGGCCUUUACAAAGAACUACUGUAUAUACCCUUGUAUAAGUCGAACUCGUGUAUAAGUUGAGGGCAGGUCUGGGGGCCAAAAUUAUGGAUUUUGAUAAGAUUGGUGGAUAAAUCGGGGGUCAUUCCAUAGAGAGCUGAAAUGCUUUAGGGGCUCAGUUCUUCUGGACACUAUAAUUUUCAUGUCCAGGUAGUAUAAUCAUAUUAUUUAUAUUCUGCUCUAUCUCCUCGAGGGGAGUCAGAUCUGAUUAUAGAUACAUAUAUGGCAAACAUUCAAUGUUGUUAUACAAUUGACAAAGACAGACAGUACAUAAACAGAGGCAAGGCUUGACUCUUUUUUUCAUCUCCGGCAUUUGGAGGCUGUGCUCAACUCGAACAUGGGGAGGUGCUGUUUCAUUUUCCACACCAAGGAGCUUGUCAUCCAUGGAUGCCUUCUUGGUCAAAUUACUGGCAUGUUUUUCAGGGGCUCCUUUUACCUCCCCGCCAAAGUGACAUCUGUUUAUCUACUCACAUUGCUGUUUUCGAACAGGUAGGUAGGCAGAAACUGGGCUGAUGGCAGGAGUUGACCCCGACCCGCAACUUGAACUGUUGUGCCUUCCAGUUGCCUAGAUCUUUUGUAGCUGACGGUUUAACCCACUAUGCUAGAAAUGAUGCCGGAGAUAGUAGAGGCGGAGAUAGUAGAGAGGGUCAGUGCUUCUUUUAGGUUCUUCCUAGAAAGAAAAUUCUUGCCUUUGGCCAAUCGUCUCAGAAAAGGGACGGUAGAGUUGACGGUAUUCACGACAGCCCAUGGAUAAGUCAACCCUGUUGUUUUCGGUGGAAUUUUUGACUAAAAUCUCUAGACUUAUACAUGAGUAUAUAGGGUGCUUUUGUUCUAUUUCUCCCUAUAUUGACAGUCAUUCUUAGAUUUGUGCCUCCACGCUUCCUUGAUUUGUCGCCGUAUUUUGUUGGGACCCACUGUGUUGACAAAAUGUGGUUCUCCAACUUGGGUCUCCUAAGGGUUUUGGACUUCAGUUCCAAGCGUUCCUAACCGUGUUGGCUGAAAUUCCAAAAUAUCUGAAGGACCAAAGCUUGGGGCUACAAAGGACAAUUGCUUUUCUUCUCCUCCUCUUUUUUUUCUUCUUUUGCUCGAAUCCCAUCCUCCUUCUUGUUGGUCAUUGUUGGGCACGGAUGGUCCAUCGGAGGCGAAACAGCUUGCCAAUCCCAUUUGCAGAAAGCAGCGAGACGGAUCCGUCCAAAAACGGGCGCCGUUCUCCCGAAUCUUGUACAUAGUGUAGCAAAAGAGUAUUUAUACAUCUCACCAAUCGAAACACAGCUUUAUUACCUCAUGCGAAACUCAUAACGAACCAAUAGAAACAUGUUCUUUAGCUUAGAGUGCUCACUACUACCUCUAAAUAAAAAAACAGCCCUUCUCAAACCUGGCAAGGCCAACUCCAUCUCCCAUCAUCCCCAGACAUGGAAGGGAUGGGAUUUGUAGUUCGGCGGGUGCCAGGUUUAGAGAACGACUGCUCUAAACAAUAUUCACACUGUAGUUUGUCUCUCUCUUUCUCUCUCUCUUUGAAAUAAAUUUUUUAAAGAAAUCCCGAUUUUUCUUUUCUUUUCCUCUUUUUGGCAUCUUGUAAUUAACUCUUUUGUCUCCCUUCAUGACAUGUAAUAUACAUUGUAAUCUUUUAAAUAUGAAUAACAGCAGCGGCGGCAGCAGCGUUUUUAAUAAUAAUAAUAAAUAAUAAUCCGGGUUGCGUUGGCAACUUUUCGAGAGACAAUUUCAAAAAAAAAAAUACUGAAAAGAAAAGAAAAAAAGAAGGCUUCGAAGCGGAAACAUGGGGUCUUUUAGGUUCGACACGAAACAGCAGCGAAACUGUUUGUAAAUACAAAGAAAACAUUUUGAAUGUUCUUCAUCUUGUUACUAUACUGAUUUCACGCAAAAGAAAAAGAGAAAAAAAAUCAAACCAAUAAUGGAUUGUAAAACAGAGAAGUCUCAGUAUUCAGUACUGUAUAUUUCACCCUUGUAUAAUUGGGGCGGGUGGGGCGGGGAUCCUAUUUUUUUUUCCGUUCUAUUUUUUCUUUUUCCUUCUCUCUUUUUAUAUUGUAUGCGAUUCUGAAACUGAUUGACUCAAAUGAAAAAAGAAAGAAUAAUAAUAAUAAUUUGUGGCCGUGAUUCUAAUGUAUUAAACCGUUUCGUGUUACUUUCUUAACUGGAUUACACCCCCGAAUUGAAGAGUCUUCCUCGUGGUAGUUCAAUGUAGUUUCGAAUCAUGAAUAAAAAUUUUUGCUUUCAUGA